AUGCAUCGCCGACUCUCCUCGCGUGCAACCGCGAGAGACACAUCUCCAUACAAGGACUCCUCUAAUGAGUCAGAGAAGCGCACAAGAGCCCUAAUCGACGACGAUGAGUAUCAAGACCCGUCAACGAAGCGUGCCAAACCGGCGAAGCGCAUCAGAACCGAGAGCCAAGCGUCGCAGGCGCCCCCAUUGACCGUCGCUGCACCAUCUAUCCCCGAGCCGGGCAUAGGAAUAAAGGCAGACAAGCACCCCGGAAGUCCGAUCGACAAUGAGCAUCAAGACUCGUUGACGCAGCGCGGCCAGUCGCCAACGCAGCGCGUCAAGACAGAGGAUCAAGACUCGAACUUCUUGUCGGCUGUCGCCACACCACAAAACCCCGAGCCUGACAUGGACGGGAAGCCUAAGAGGCGAACGGUUGUUGUCAAAAUUGGCAGUGAGGUCAAGCCUGGCAGUCCAUCUCGCUCCAACUCUCGCAAGAGCAAGACGGUCGAGCAACGAGUUGCAGCUGUCGAAAGGCAGGUUGCCGAAAUUAAGCGAAACCACAGAAAAGAAACGGAAAAGAUGACAGCGCGUCGACUAGAAGAUGUUGGCAAGGUUACAGAUGAUAUUAUCGAAAGGCAAUGGGUCCUGUUGGAUUUCAACAUCAACAGCAUUGCCAUCGAACUCUCAGCGUACCUCUUCCCCAAGCCGACAAAGGUGCUAGCAGUUUUGAGAACUCGACUGCCCAUAACAUCUUCAGAAGGCAUAUCCCAGAAAACAUACGAAAAUAUGAAAAGGACAUUUCUCAAGUCAUUCAUGUGGAAUUUUGUCUACACGGAUUUCUUUCUUGGCCGUGGCAGUCCAUGGAAGGGAGGCAUCGUCCAAGAAGUCCAAAGGGUUAGACGGACGCUGAUAGAAAAUAGGGAAGAUACCGAGAGCAGAGCCAAGUGUGCAAAGUGGCUCUCACAGGCGCACCAUCUCGCCGCUGUCCAACCCAAUGAAGAGGUCCUGGCACAGGUCGUGCAUGAGUUCGCGGACACCCUCCUCUCCAUGGUUUUGUCAAAAGAGCAGCAAAAGUGCCGCGGUCAGUUAAAGGCGAACCUGGACAACGUGGUACGCCUGGCGACGGACCUCACGAGGCUCUUCCUCUCGUCCAAGGCACUUCUCGUGCCCGACUGGCCGCAUCACGGGUCGACGUACAGGCAAUGGACGAAUUCCGAAAUUGCAUGUGAGGAUUCGACAGAGGAAGAGUCAAGAAACAGGUACUUGGUCAAGAGUCCUGCGCUAGAAAAGUAUGGCAAUGCCGAUGGUGAGAAUCACCACUUGUCUACCGUCUUGCGCAAACCGCAAAUCGUCUACUACUGA